AUGGCUGAUCCUGAUAUCGGCCCACAACGACCCGGAGCCCGCAGCCUCCAUCGUCCCGGUCCCGGCGUCGAGUACGCGCGCCCACGGACCAAAAUCCCCGACAGCCGUCCGACAACCGAAGGCAAAGAUCGGCUGGUGUACCGCGGCGCAUGCUCAAUGGUUCUCACCACGUGGGGGUCGGGGAUUCAUUCUCCCGUCGUGAUCGCUGCCAAAAUGGCACCACCGAUAUCCCCGCGUCGUGUCGACACGAAUGCACGCCGUGUCAUUGAUCCAGCAACCGCAUUCGCGGGGGAUGGUCAAUCUCAACAUGCGGGCAACCACUUCUUGGCUCGACUCCUUAUCAGCCUCGCAAAUGUCAUCAUUGCAAAUCGGGGGAGCGAUGUCGCAGCGUUUGGCAGAAAGCUAUCAUUUCGGCGUGAUUAUCAACCCAAUGCAACAACUGUCGCGGCCGAGGCUGGCGUCGUGUAG